AUGAGCAUGUUGUGGUUCAUAACAACAUUAGCCAUUACUGCUUUCAUUUGUUCCUCUGCUUAUGCUUAUGAUAACAACCCUUUGCAGGACAUAUGUGUCGCUGUUAACGACUCUCACGCUUCAGUUUUCGUGAAUGGAAAGAUGUGCAAAGACCCAAAGCUUGCAACAGCGAAUGAUUUCUACUUUUCAGGUCUUAAUGUUUGUGGAAAUGAAGUGCCUGGGUUUGGUAUUGCUGUAAAGACUGUGGAUGUAAACAACAUGCCUGGACUUAACACUCUUGGUAUUUCUCUUGUUCGUGGUGACCUGGAACCACAACGUAUUGUUCCACUUCACACGCACCAUCGAGCUACUGAGAUGAUAACUAUCCUGGAGGGUACUGUUUAUGCAGGAUUUCUUGUCCCUGAUCCUGCAAACUUCUUUAAGAGUCGUCUCUUCUCCAAAAUCUUGAAUCCUGGCGAUGUGUUUGUGUUCCCAAUAGGUCUUAUUCACUUCCUGUAUAAUGUGGGACACAAAAAAGCUACUUGUCUCUUUUAUUUCAAUAGUCAAAAUCCUGGACUUAUCUUGAUUCCUAAUUCAAUCUUUGCAUCAAAUCCACCUGUUCCAGACGACGUUCUCGCCAAAGGCUUCCAGCUGAAUAUGACAGAGAUUGCACAACUUCGAAAGAAAUUCUCUUAGGCUAAUGUGAUUUUCUGAAGUGUUAGCUGCUCACCAGCGCAGCGUCUUAUGAAAUGCGUUGGAAUAAUAAAUACUGUUUGCUGUAUAUUUCCAAUGAACUUAUUCAUUCAUGGAAACUGAAAUAAA